AAUUGGGAGGUUUUACUGUGGUUUUUGUUUGGCACGUGGCUUUGUCAGUUUUGUUAUCAUUUAUGUUUCAUAUAGUUUUCUCAUUUUUGAAUUUAUAAUGGAUAUGGAUAAAGGUACAGACGGAUAUUUCGAGAGUUACGAGGACCUCGAGGUACACCGUAUAAUGCUUGAAGACAAGCGCCGCUGCGAAGCCUACAGCAAAGCCAUACUCGACAACCCUCACGUCUUCAGGGAUAAAACUGUGAUGGAUUUGGGAGCUGGGACGGGGAUUUUGUCCCUCCUCUGCGCCAAAAGCGGUGCCGGGAAAGUCUAUGCGGUCGAAGCUGCCAAAGGUAUGAUCCCAGUACUUAAAGCAACUAUAGAAGAAAACGGCUUCACAGACGUGAUCCGGGUAGUGGAGAGCGCCGUUGAGGAUGUCGUACUAGACGAAAAAGUAGACGUGAUCGUCUCAGAAUGGAUGGGGUUUACACUCUUGCACGAAGGCAUGCUUUCAAGUGUGGUCAACGCCAAGCACCGUCUUCUCAAACCGGACGGCAUACUCAUACCCGAUACCUGUGAGCUGUUUGUAUCACUGACCAGAGCGCCAAGCCUGUUAGGCACUUACGAAGAUGUCUUAGGCGUUGAUAUGUCGCAUUUUGGCCGCGAAUGGAGAUCACUGUUCGAUGGGAAGCCGAUGAUCGACACUCUAGACAUGACAAAAGACAGCAUCGUAUCGGAGCCGAUGUCUAUUUUGAAAUUCGACAUCGCUAAGUUGAAUGAAGAGGAUCUCUUGCAUUUGAAGAAAAGAAUCAGGCUUGUCGUGAACAAAGAGCAGACUCAGUGCGAUGCCCUUUGUCUAUGGUUCGAAGUCACCCUCAUGGGCGAAGUGCUCUCAACUUCUCCUUUCCUCCCGGCGACCCAUUGGAAGCAGACUUUAAUCACCUUUCCCGACCAACUCAAUGUUGUCAAAGGCAACACCGUUGAAUUUGACAUGAGCAUGACCCAAGAAAAAAAAAGAAGGUAUAUCAUCACAGUCGAGAACAUCGAAUGGAAAGAAUCUGUUUAAUUACUAAUUAAACAAACAUUCAUAUAAAAAUAAGCUUUUUAAACAAUCAUCAACUGUUUAAAAAAAACAAUUGUAUAUAUUAUGUAUAUUAAUUGUACAUUUUUAAAAAUAAUUUCUUAUAAACUAUAAAGAAAUCCAAGAUAAAACUGUAGCAUAAACAUAUAUUUAAAAAAAGCUUGUCUUGUAUUUAAAUCUACUUGAAUCCUCCAUAAUGUAAAAAACUCAGUUUUUGUCAUGGCUUCUGUGGUAGAUGAGCCUGAGUUUGUUAUAUAUGAUCAAAAUUAAAGUUAAACAUAAAGAAAGAUAAAACAAAGCAAAUCGAUUGGACACAAGGAAGAGAACAAAAUAGAAGAAAACAAAAUAAAAACUCAAGCGAGCAAAUAGAUAAAUAAGAAACAUAAAGAAAAUCAAAUAAAAAGACAAUCUGAUAAA